CAUCCACAGUUAGGAGUCAGUUCGUGAACAGUAGUUCAAUUGUGUCCGAGCUGUCGUUGCGAAUAGACGUCGUUACUGUUUUUCGUUGAUCGUACGAGUGGUGAUCUUCCGUUUGAUUCUGUUUAAUAGCUAUUGCUAUUAAUUUUCGGCGUUUUAUCAUCAUUAUCGGUGUUAUCGUUUGUUGGUAAAUUUGGUGUGCUACCGCUUCGUUAAACUUGCAAUUGGAUUCUGGGAUAUCAGUGCUUUCGGAGUCUCGAUAUUGUCUCAUGUCUUUGUCCGUUCUGAGGGUGGAUAAUUGAUUGAUACUGGAGGUUGUCGAAGGAAGAAGACAAGAAAUAUUUUAAGUGUAGUGAGUUUUUGCCUCCGCAGGAGAAACGGUUUCCUAAGAGAUCGGUUUUCGAGUAUUUGACCACAAUUUCUUGUUGGGCUGAUCAUCUUUGAAGGUGUUUGGUUGGCAGUGGCGAAUUCGAGUGUAUUUAUCAUUGAGCAAUUCACGGCUCAAUACCGUGGAAGCAGAAAGUGAGUGUGGGGAAACAAAGUGGAUUACCAAAAGAGAAAUUUGGCUACCGAAGAAAUAAGCGUGAGUUGGAAACGUAAUCUAAAAGUGCUAUUUUUUGUCUGUUUUCCUUUAUUCGGAGCCUUUGCGUGCGAAGGCCUUCAAGUGAAGUUUCCUUGUGGAAAGUGUGCAAGAAUUCAUACCACUGUUGCAGCGCUGCGUGCUACUACUACUCGCCAAUAUUAGUGCUAAAGGCAACGAUCAACAAGCGGUGAAGGUACAAGAGUUGUCAAAAUGAAUAAAUCUUGUGCCCGGUGUCAGAAGGUGGUCUAUCCCAUCGAGGAGCUUAAGUGCUUGGACAAGACAUGGCACAAAACAUGUUUCCGAUGUCACGAGUGCGGAAUGACACUGAACAUGAAAACAUACAAAGGUUUCAACAAACUUCCAUACUGCGAAGCACACAUCCCAAAAGCCAAAGCCACCACGAUCGCCGAAACACCGGAACUGAAACGGAUAGCGGAAAACACAAAGAUUCAGUCGAAUGUCAAAUAUCACGCAGACUUCGAGAAACUGAAAGGAAAAGUCACACAGGUCGCCGACGAUCCCGAAACGCUGCGGAUCAAGCAAAACACGAAAAACAUCUCCAACGUUGCCUACCACGGUGACUUACAGAAGAAAGCUGCCAUGGAAAGACAAAGAGAAUGUACAGAAAUUAUCGAUAGUAAAGACAACAACGAGUUGGAAUCGGAAUACUUUUCCGAGCAAUUGGCAGCGGAAUCGUUGCCCCACUACCAACCUCCUCCCCCACCACCGGUGGUAGCACCCGUAUCGCACCCACUUUCCCAAACGUCGAUGACUGGGUCAUCGUCGUCGCUUUCUUCUGGAAUGGGUCCCAAUGCGACUGCCGCUACCAACCCGACAGCAGCCGUGUCCCAGCAGGCUCAAAUAACGCCGACUUCGACCCUGACGAAACACAAUCUGAACAAUUUGAAUCAGGCUCAAAACAACUAUCAAUCAUCACAAGCAGCGUAUCAAGUGGCUAACAACAACUACAGGCCGCAAUCCUACCAACAGCAGGUUGCACCGCAGCAAGGCAACCAUUACCAUCACAAUAGCAAUAGUAGCAGCAAUGGUAGCGACAUUGUGCGUCAGUCGGUGCUGCAAAGCUCGCAAACUCCUUCGGGAAGUGUAGCUAAUAACCAAAAGUACUACGACCCAUACGAUAACUACGCAAGACCGAACCCUAAUGCGGCAAUGGUGAACAAUAACAACAACUACAAUAGCCAUUACCACCAUAACCAGCAAGCCGGGGUAGGUGGGGGUGGUGGUGGUGGUAACGAAAGGAGCAACGGUGCUGCCCAUAACUAUCACCACAUGCAGCAGCAGCAGCAGCAGCAACAACAGCAGCAUCAUCAACAGCACCAACAGGGAGAUGGUGUUUAUGGACACCCUCAGCAGCCUCGCUUCAACGGUCAACAGCAGCAGUACGCACAACAACAGCAAUACCAAUACAAUAAUGGUAACAUCAACAACGGUGCUGGCAUCGGUAAAAUUGCUGACUACGAUCCGUUGACCGACGGCCCCAGGAAUGUCCCACAACCAAACAGGCAGAGCGCAACUUUAAUCUUCAGCUCUGGAAACUUGAAUGCCAACAACAAUCGACGAAUCGGUUCUGUCAACGACAUUGACCCAGUCAAUGGGUACUACGGUUCGAUUUCAGAAACCCAACAACAACAGCAAAAUGCCAUCUAUCACCAGCAGCAAGCUCAUCAACAGCAGCAACAGCACCUCCAGCAACAACAACAGCUGUACCAGCAACAGCAGCAACAACAGAGACAAGCGCAGCUACAACAACAGCAGCAGCAACAACAAUCACAGCAGCAGCAAUCGCAAUAUAUUCAACCCCCUCAACAAUACGGAGCGCCAACAUCGACCCCAGCCUCGAAACCAAUGGGCAAAGUGCGAGUCUACCGUGCCUUGUACGACUACGAGGCGCAGGAUAGCGACGAGGUUGGCUUCACAGAGGGCGACCUGAUCAUUGAGGUCAAUUCGAUCGACUCCGGCUGGAUGACCGGACGUGUCGAGCGGACUGGACUAACGGGAAUGCUGCCAGCGAACUACGUUGAACUGGUCAAGAUAUAAGGAAUUCAGAGUGUGUCACAAUAUCAAAAUCGAAAAAAAAUCAUGCAAGAUACCACAAUCGUCGGAAAUAAUCGAGAUUAGAAAGGUAAGUGCAACGUUUUGAAAACAAGGCACCAGCAAAAGAAGAAUCAGAACGACGAAGAAGCGAAAAGAAUUACCAAUCGUAGUUUCCUUGUCUAGUGUAUAAAGUAAUUCAUCUAAUUUAAAUUUACUAUUUGAUAUACUUUACAAAUCUUGGGAAAAUGCGUGCAGAGAAGCAAAUUGUAUGUUUUUAAUAUUAUUUUUGUUAUUCCUUUGAUAUUUGUGUUAUUUUCCCAAAACAUUUCCAAAUGGAAGAAGUCAUUCGGCAAAUGGUGCUGAAUCGAACGUAUAUAUAUAAUACGUAGGCGGCAUAUAAGGCAAUCUAUUUAGUAUCUUAGAAAUGACCUAUUAUGUGUAGCAUUUAUCGAAACUGUAAACAUUCGCAGCUUAUUUUGUAAUAAUAUGAAUCAAUAGGAAACAAAAAUGUUUAAACUUUAUGCGUAUUCGCUCUAGGAGAUCCGGAAGACACCAUACAUUUGAUUGGGUGUACAUAACAGAAGACUUAGUAGUACCGUGCCUUUUUUCAGCUACAAUUGAGAACCCCCUUUACCGGAGAAACGACUUUGGAUGCAAUUUUUACAAACUAGGAUAGGAACCUUUUUCUAGAAAUCAAAAUUGUUCUACGAUUAGAAAAAAAAAACAGUUUGAGCUUCCGUUUGUUGUAUACAGGUUCUGUGAUAGACGAAUGUGUAUUCGGGAAUAUAACCCUUUGUGCCGGUUUCUUUCACAUGAAUUGGCGUAGCUUUAAAACCAGUAAUAAAAUAUUCACAAAACCACAUUUAUGAAGUUCGGUGUUUUUGUUUUAUGUUAUUAACAAUGAGUGUCAUCUCAAUUAUUACAACUAACGGUUUUCCUUGUUACGCAACAACACAACUACAACCAGAAAAUAAGAAAGUUUUACGUGUCAAUUAAACGUUCCACAAACAACACUUGCAAAUUAACUGCGUACAUUUACAUAAUUGAGCAUAUUUUAACGUUCUAUAAAACAAAUUAAUUUAUAACACAAAUCCAAGUCAAUAAGCAACACAUAUACAAGUGCUACUGUUAGAAUAAUGAAGCAAAUAGAAAUGUUACAUAACACUAUCGAUAGUGAUGUAUAGACCAGGAAGUGGAGCAAAAAUCAAAUUAUAAAGGCAAAUAA